CUCUUGGUAGCCUUCCCUUGCGUGCGUGUACUUGGGCGUGGUUCGACGGACAAGUAAGCGGGGGAAUUCAAGGUUGUAUUGCCACAAGCGUUGCCACUAUCUUAUAAGACCGACCUUCACUUUUUGGGACAUGUUUGCGCGGUUUCGAAAAGAUAUAAGGACGUGAGUUCUACGAGCAGGAUUCUGUUUCUGGAUAUUAAAACCCCCGGUUCAUCUACUUUGCACUUCAGACAACUUCACCAAUCGAAAUUACCUCUGAUCAAUCAAUCAUUCAAACCAUCAUGUGCUGCCACAAAAAUCGUCGUGCAGGAGGCUGCCACAGCCGCCGCUACAACAACAUCAAUCCCCCUCUCGCACCAGGCCAAGAACCUGUAGUUGUCUACGACCGUCGUCCCGGUCUCAUGGGCAUGUUCGCUCAACACAUGGCUCAGAAGCGCGAGGCCAAGCAACAACAGCAGAUGGCCUAUCAGCCCAGGUCGAUGUCUAUCGCAGACGGGAAACUCGAAGAUCAGAAAUUGCAUGAGGAGAGGAUGGCGCAGGCGUAUUGGGACGAGAGGAAUAAGGCCGCUACUGGAAGAGGGGUUGAUCAUGUGGAUGUAAAACAGGCUGCAGAGAAUAAUAGAUUCAGUAAAAUAAGUGUUGGGACUGAGUUGCCGAGUUAUGGGCAGGCUAUGAAGCAGUGACGGAUUGUUAGGGAGUCUGGUUUUGUUUUGAGUUCUGUGUUUAGAGCGUGGAAAUUGGUAGGGGAUUGGAUUUUUGUAUUCAAGUAACAUAGAGUGUAUUUGUAUCUUCAGUGGUCGUCGUCUUUGAACUAUAUCUCAAUGCCGAGAUCCAUAGCCGGCAAUGGUCGUCAUUCAGAUACAUUCUUCUAUAUCGCUGCAUAAAAUUGUCAACUUUCCUUGAGUAUGUGCAAAUCAUAGUGUAUGUUCUAGUCAUAUCAAAAUAGACUUUAUAUAGAAAAAUAG